AUGACGACCACACUCACAGCAGCAGUGCACGGCGCCAACCCCCCAGCUAGGCACAACAAAAACGGCAGUCGCCACCUCCGUUUGGAUGCGAAUGGGUUCGGAUUAUGGGCAUGGCGAAGACGUUGGUGGAAUUCUUCGUACGAGCGCGGUGAAGGCAGUGCAGAUGUAUUCGAGUGCCUGGGUAGGGUAAAGUAUGAGUCCAAGUGGGGAUUCAAGUCACUCACGUCAUCUGUGCCUGCUCGCUCGCCGACAUGGAAAACGAACCGUAGUCAUCACGCGCUUGACAUUUGCUGGUGCAGGACUGAGUCUGCUGUCCAGCAGGACGUUUUGGCAGAGAAUACGACAACCUUGGUCAUCUGGUCUGUUCCCUUCUCCCCUCCCCGCCUGUCCCCUUUUCACAACUUCACCCUACCCAGGUACCACCUCCUCGACUACGUCUACACCGCCUUCCGCCACCCUCAUAUGGAGAUCCCCACCGAGCCAAAAACAAUCUGGUUUGUUCCCUUCUUCCCCGCCUGUCCCCUCCUCAUGACUUUACCCUACCCAGGUACCUCGACUACAUCUACACCAUCUUCCGCCAUGCUCAUAUGGAGACUCCCACUGCCGUCUUCACUGUGCCCAGAUUCCGAGCUCAUUCGCAUUAGAUGGAGGUGGCGGCAAUCCCAUCGCCGUUUUCGCCGUGCCUACAUAUUCGACAUUUGGGCUGAGCGCGCGUUCAAGUUCUGGAUCACGGGGGUCUCUACUGCCGGCAUUCCGGAUCGUAAGGAAGAAGCAAAAUUCUUGGAGGACAACUGGGGUGCCAGCACCGUAGACAUUGGUACCAUUUAA